CGUCAAGUCCGCUCGACAUAGAGAGCUUCUUUGCACAUACUUUUACUUUAGAAAAUGUACGGCAACAGGAACACAGGAUCUACUGCAUUAAAGCGUCUCAUGACAGAAUACCGAGAGUUGACCUUGAACGCUCCUGAAGGCAUUACCGCAGGUCCAGUUGACGAAAACAACUUUUUUGAAUGGGAGGCUCUUAUCGCUGGACCCGAAGGCACCCCGUUCGAAGGUGGUUUAUUUCCUGCUACGCUUACCUUUCCCAAGGACUAUCCAUUGAGUCCUCCGACCAUGAAAUUCACCUGCGACUUUUUCCAUCCCAACGUAUACGCCAACGGUACCGUGUGCAUUUCCAUCUUACAUCCUCCAGGAGACGAUCCCAACAUGUACGAAAGCAGCUCAGAACGUUGGAGCCCGGUACAAAGUGUGGAAAAGAUUCUGCUAAGUGUCGUGAGCAUGUUGGCCGAACCUAAUGACGAAAGUGGUGCUAAUGUGGAUGCCUGUAAAAUCUGGCGAACGGAUCGCGAGCGAUAUAAUGACAUCGUCCGACAAAACGCAAUGAAGACUCUUGGACUGUAAUGGAUGAUAUUAAGUCAAAAAUAAUUUGAGACGGAUUGUCUAGUGUGAUAGAGAGUAAAUUCAUGAUUUCAUACCUCGUACUUCUGGCUGUCAUAUACAUGACACAGCUUACAUAUAUUUCUUCCCGUUUAUAAUCUUGGGUGCCAUUUUUUCUUUUCCAUAUACUCCCGUAUUAAAUUACGAUACAUUUCGUUGUAUCAUCAUUUACUGUGCAUCUUUUUUUUUUCCAUAAAAAACGCAAUGUAGAAAGUGUUAUCAUCCACAGUAUCGUUGCCAUAUAUAUUGCCAG